CGUCGCCAUCUUGAAGCGGUGGCCAGAGGUAUUAUGGAAGAAGGAAGCAGCGUUGCAGUAUUGAUGCCAAAUAUUGGAGAACAGGAAGCUGUGCUGAUUUCUGAAACAGUCAUUAGCCCAACACUGCAGAGCAGUGAAGAUCAGAGGAAAUGUAAAACUGAUCCACUAAUCCAUGUUAUCCAGAAACUAAGUAAAAUAGUUGAAAGUGAGAAGUCACAAAGAUGCCUUUUAAUAGGGAAAAAACGUUCCCACCCUAAUGCUUCUACACAGUCCUUUGACACAGAUCUUUGUGAAAUCCCAGCUAAAACAAUUGAGCUAUCUGUUAUUGCUACUAAAAAGACUGAAGAGUUACAAGCAGAUUACUUUGUGACUGAGUGUCUUCCACAAAGCAAAAAAAAGGUGAUGUGCUACCAGUGUAGUCUAUGUAAGUUUCUAUCACCGUCUCUCUUAACACUACAAGAACAUAUAAAGCAACAUGGGCAGAAAAACGAAGUGAUAUUAAUGUGCUCGGAAUGUCAUUUUGCUUCCAAAAGCCAAGAAGAACUUGAAUCUCACUUCCAAAAUUACCAUGAGAAUGAUGGUAAAAAUAGCAUCCAGACAAAAGUACAGCAAUGUGUAAAUGUUGCAAAUUCGUUUUUGCAAGGACCAUUGGAAGGAAGUGUCAAAUCAGGGACUGAUCAGACAGGAAAUCUGGAAUGUAAAGAUACAACUCAGUCCACUCAUACACCUGAAAUGGGUAGGAGGAAGUGGUACACUUACGAGCAGUAUGGCAUGUACCGGUGCCUAAUUUGUCGGUACACCUGUGGUCAGCAAAGGAUGUUGAAAACACAUGCCUGGAAACAUGCUGGUGAGGUUGACUGCUCCUAUCCUAUCUUUGAGGAAGAAAAUGAAACUACCAACUUGUCAGAGACGGUUGUAACUCACACACCUCAGAGUGUGGAUACAGUUGUUCUUUCUUUGGAAAACAGUGAACUUGAUAUCCAUGGUGAACAUUCUCUUCAGCUUCAGAUUUGCAAUUCUGAGCAACUGCCGUGUAAAUCACCAGUAGGAACAAUUGUAAAAGAGGAAGAGUUGUUAAAUCGGUCUGUAGUGCAUUCACCUACUACAGAGGUUUUAGAGGAAACUGUAUCAGAUACAGAACAGGAUAAUAUGGUAACUGAUAGCCUACUUUCAUCAGCACAGAAAAUCAUCAAUUCUAGUCCAAAUAAAAAGGGUCAUGUUAAUGUAAUAGUAGAACGUUUGCCAGGUGCUGAAGAAAGUGUCUUACAAAAGCCUUUCUUGAUGAAUACUGACAUUGAAACAGAAAAAAACCUAAUCUCAGAGGAGUCCAGUGCUGCCCAUGAAGAACAUGAAGUUUAUCAUUCAGAUGAAAUUCAAGAAGUAAUAAUAGGAUGGAAUAAUACUGAGAAGAAAGAUAAUGAAUCAAGCUCUAGUAAAAAUGUAACAGCUGAUGAAAAUGUGCCUCCUGCACGAAGAAGGACAAAUUCAGAGUCAUUACGACUACAUUCAUUAGCUGCAGAAGCUCUUGUUACAAUGCCUAUUAGAGCUGCAGAACUAACAAGGUCUAGCCUCAGGACUUUGACUGGAGAAGAUGCCAUAGAUGCAGGUCAGGGAGAAGCAAAUGGCCCAUGUAUGGCUCAUUCUAAAGUAGUAUCCUCACUUAAGAAUCCUUCAGAGGAGCUGAGCGGCUUAAACCAAAGUGAGUGUACAAUAGUCGAGAUACAGAAAGAAAGGUCAGAGUUAUCAGAAGCACCAAUUAAAAUGGGCAUCAGUAUGUCACUACUCACUGUCAUUGAAAAACUGAAGGAGAGGACAGAUCAGAAUGCUUCUGAUGAUGACAUUUUGAAAGAAUUACAAGACAACGCACAAUGCCAAAAUGCAAACGACACAAGUAUUUCUGGAGGUAACCUGGUCGAAUAUAUACCUAAUGCAGAUCGACCCUACCGCUGCCGCCUCUGUCAUUAUAGCAGUGGUAACAAGGGCUACAUAAAACAGCACCUGAGAGUCCAUCGUCAGAGGCAGCCGUACCAAUGUCCUAUCUGUGAACAUAUUGCUGAUAACAGUAAGGACUUGGAAAGCCACAUGAUCAACCACUGCAAAACAAGAAUGUAUCAGUGCAAGCAAUGUGAAGAAUCCUUUCAUUAUAAGAGCCAACUGCGAAAUCAUGAAAGAGAACAACACAGUCUUCCAGAUAUCUUUUCCACAGCUACAUCGAACAAACUAAUAGUUUCCAAUGAAGUAGAUGAAAGAGAAGGAAACAAGUCUUCAGUUCAGAAACUGUACAGAUGUGAUGUUUGUGACUACACAAGCACAACUUAUGUUGGUGUACGAAAUCACAGACGAAUUCACAACUCAGAUAAGCCUUAUAGAUGUUCUCUCUGUGGAUAUGUAUGUAGUCAUCCUCCAUCCCUGAAGUCCCACAUGUGGAAACAUGCAAGUGACCAAAAUUAUAACUAUGAACAAGUGAACAAGGCUAUUAAUGACGCAAUUUCACAAAGCAGCAGGUUUCAAGGACAGCUUCCUGACAAAACCCUAUCAGAAGGCACAGAUGAAAGUACAGUACCUAUACUACGAAGUUCAGACAACUUGGUGUCUUUUACAGAGUCUAUUAACCAGACUAUGAAUGAAAUUUCAGGCUCUGAUGAAAAUGCAAAACCUAACUUGAUGAAUACCUCAUGCAGUUUAGAAAAGAAUUCCACUCUACCCCAUCUUGGCACAGAAUACUGUGUUCUUCUCUUCUGCUGCUGCAUUUGUGGUUUUGAGUCUACCAACAAAGAAAAUCUGCUCGAUCAUAUGAAAGAACAUGAGGGCGAAAUCAUAAACAUCAUUCUUAAUAAGGACCACAGUGCAACUCAGAGCACAAACUAAGUGAAGCAGUAAGUUACAGAAGGGGUUUCCUAGAGUGAUUAUUUUCUUUCUUUCUUUGCUAAUUUUUGCUGAGAAACUUGCUAAAGAGAAUUGCAAGCAAAACUUGAUUUGUCAUCCUGAGUCCUUAUUUCAAUAGGAGUACAAUAUUUUAACCACAGACCAAUAAAUCAUUUAGGAGAUAAAUAUAAGGAAUGGGGAAUAGAGUGGUCUGUUUUAACCUACUAUUUCUCUAUAUGGUGCCAAGAAUGUAGGCUUGUUGGAAUUUUUUUCUUUUAUUGUCAGGUACUAGUCAGUAAUA